AGUUAAAGUGCAAUUAGGCUAAAUCAGUAAUGCUGGGAAUAAUUUUAAGCUAAAACGGCUUUCCAUACGCGACGCCACUUACUGUACAAACAACCAAGUCAACCAAUCAGGCCUGCCUUUCUCAAAACCAUCGUUAGUAAACUAUGGUCGUUAUUUCCAUUGAACUUUAUUGGUAACGACAGAAUUUGCCACCAUCGUUGCUUUUGGGAAACGCGCCCCAGAAUAGUCGCCUACGCUGCAAGUAAACGCGACAAACUGACGUCACCAUCCCUCCGACUGAUCGGAUACUAUUGGGUUGCGGUGAAUAUGUUGUUAAUUUCCUUAUAUUGAAUGCUAAAUUCUUCAUUCAUCCUUUGUCUUUCCCCCUUUUUCUUGCUGAAUUUGAGCUGUUGUUUCAUCUCUUAAACUUACAAAUAACAAAAAGAGUUCCAAAUGAUGUAUAUAAGAUAAUAUGACAACUUUUCUUACAAAAUCUUGUAAUUUUAUCUCUAUGCUUUUCUUUUUCUUUCAGUAGGUGUAGUGCUCCAGUUCGGCACAGAGAGUACAUGAUUGACGUGAGGAUCUGACGUAGAAGGAGGCGGGGCGAGCAAUGAUGUCAAUCAAGUUAUGUUGUUGUAGGUGAUUGCGAAGUGCUGAGGACAACGUAAGCAAGGUAAAGUGGUCUACCCGAGAUCCAUCUCGUUGAGGUUGUGUGUAUCCAUGCAUGUUUGAAGAGGUUUGAACUCAGGAUGGAUGUGGAGGAGACUGGAACAGGUCAGAUGGAGGCAGCGGCCCCAGAGGAAGAGGUACCAGCUCCCAAACGCGGGAGAGGACGACCUCGCAAACAACCACAGGAGCCUGUGGAAACCUCUGCUCCCAGGAGGCCGAGAGGAAGGCCGAGAGGCAGUAAAAAUAAAGGCCAGCGGGUCACAGCCAAAGUAGAGCCACCUAGAGAACGGAGACCUCGAGGUAGACCAAGAAAAUGGCCUCAGAAGGACGUUCAUCAGGAAGAACAGCAGCCUCAUCCUGCGGUUCAAGGGGCGAAGUCAACAGAGGAGCUGUUUCCUUCGCAGGAGAGUGACUAAAACUACCUCAGUGUUGACUUUGCCACUACAUCAGGGGUAAUUCUCCAUCUCAACACUGUAAAAGUGAACAUGUGUCAGUGCUCAAACUGUGGCCACAAUUGAGGGCUCGCUUUGUGCCCUAGGCAAGAUCAGACUACAUUUAUCAAAAGCGACCCUAAAUUCUGUAUACUUCCAUGUCAUUUUGUUGAACACCUGUCUUCAAGUUACACAGCCAUUUUCUCUUAUUUGGAAAUCCCUGACAUCCUCAGGUCAUCCAAGAUGUAGAUGAGUUUGUUUCUUCAUCAGAACAGUCCAGACAGCUAAUAGAAACAUCACAGUAAUCCACACCACUCCAGUUCAUCAGUCAACAUCUUGCGAAGUGAAAAGUUGCAUGUUUGUAAGAAACAAAUCCAUCAUUAGGAUGUCGCUUCGGGCAAAAAGAUGAGACCAUAAUCUAGAAUAACGCUUCCUCCAGUGAAAAAGUUCAUCCUGUUUGUUUCUUGCAUCAAAAUACAAUAACUUUAGAUCUGUUUCAGACGGCACCCAUUCACUGCAGAGGAUCCAUUGGUGAGCAAGUGAAGCAAUGUUAAAUUUAUUCAAAUCUGUCCUGAUGAAGAAACAAACUCAUCUACAUCUUGGAUCUCUUGAAGGUGUUUAAAUGUUUAGCUAAUUAAAAUUUUUGGGUGAACUAUUGAAGUCAACUUUGAAAUCAAACUUUUAUUGUGCAUAAUUUGAUGGCCAGACUUGUUUGGCUCAAUACAUUUAUUUAAUGUUCCAGAUGUUGGGAUCAAAAAGAAAUCCAAAGAUGAUAACAUUAAGAAACUGUAAUAUGUAUCACCGUGUAUGGAUGAUGCCUGGGUUAUAUUAGGUUUAUUUAAUCUUCUCUGGAUUCUGGAAACAUUAUAUUGCCAAAACCUGUAAUUUACAACACAAUCAAAUGUUGCCACUUUUUAAAUGAUUGAUUUUAAUGUAUAACGUUCUUUUUCUUGUAUUAUUUUAAUGUUUACAAUGGAAAGAAUAGAUUCAAAUGCAUCUAUUUACACCAAAUGAGAAUAAUGACUUUAUUAAUGAUGUAAAACAGCAAUCAUUAUAAUUCACAACACGAUGAUAGUGAAAUUCAGUACCUCAAUGAUUUUGUUUGUUCGUUCUAGACUAUGGAUGAUUUGUCGUUUGUUUUUAAAGCAUGUAUUGUCAAUGGUCAGGCUCGGGAACAGGAUAACAUUUUGGCUCUAUAUUUUCAUAAUUAGUAUAUAGAUAUUUUUGAAUCAUUCGAUCUAAUUUUUACUGCUAUGAAUUGUGUCAUUGUGCUGAUAUGUGGGUGGUGUUUACAACAUGACUGUUUAAAACUUCUCCUAUCGUCAGUACAGUUGUGUUAAUAUUACAGUUCAGAUAAAGUAGAUGCACUUAAAAACAGGUAUAAUGAUACCAAUUUGUUUUACAAAAAAAAAUUUUUCUAAUCAUAAAGUUUUAGAUUUGAAGUCAAUCGAGCAUUGUUGAAACGCAUCAGGGUAUAUAGUGUCAGCUAUAGAAGUCGUUUACGUAUUAAACAUUUGACGAUGUGCCUCAGGUACCUUACCUCUUUUUUAUAUCCUUCAAUGGCCAGUAAUGCUUUUUAUGCAGCUGUAUGUCAGUGAAUAAAGUUCCUGUUUGAAACUCA